AUGGCAGCAGAAGAGGCCAGCGCGCCUGCAGCGCAGCCGGGCGCGAGCCCUGCAGCAGAACCAGCCAAGCCCGCUGCUGCGGCCACAGAAGCAGCAGCAGCAGCAGCAGCAGCAGCAGAGGCUUCCGAGGGCCAGGAGGGGAGCGGGAAGGGCCCCCGGCCGGCCAAGAGGCCGCGCAAAAGCCCAGCAGCAGCAGCAGCAGCACCCAAACUCAAGACACGGGAAGAAAUGACUGAAGAAGAACUCAAAGCCACUUUAAAACGCCAAAUCGAAUAUUAUUUAUCUGACGCCAACUUGGCCACAGACGCCUUCUUCCACGAGAAGAUCCAGGAGGCUGAGAAGCAAGGAAAGGGGGUGUCCUUGAACAUCUGCUUCGUGCUCAGCAGCCCCAGAAUAAAAGCUUUGGCAGCAACAAAAGAGGAAAUAGCAGCAGCUCUUUGCGACAGCGCUGCGGUGUCUGUACACCCGGACGCAGCAGGCGAUCUGUGGCUGCAGCGCCAAGGGCCUUUGCCGCCACUUAAAAAGAAGUUCAAAAAGGGCGAAAAAGACGAGGCUGGACUCGCCAAAGACCCCCACGCCGUCGGCUGCAUGGCCCGGCUGAGCAACUUGCCGGCGGAGGCGCCGAGUUGGCAGGCAAUAAAGGACGCUCUGCGGGAGAAGCUUCCUCCAAAAGUGCAAAUUCGCUACGUUUCGCGGGUUGAUAAGAACCAGCAGUGCACAGUUUGGUUGGGCAGCUUCAAAGGCGAUAAAGCCCUUUUAGAAAAGCCGCUGCAGCUCCAGCUAGCCAACGCCGAGGCCACGCUGGCCCUCAUGAGCCCCCAGGAAGUCCGCGCCGCCGUUAACUCCGACCUGCCGCCGCGGGUGCGGGCGAGCCGGGAGAAGGAGCUGCAGCAGUACCGGCGGCAGCUGCUGCUGCUGCCGCUGCAGCUGGGGGGCCUCCGCUUCAGCAGCGUGGGGCACUUGGCCAAAUGCAUGCAAGAUUUAAUUCAAAAGACUUCUGCUGGAAAUUUCCUCAAGUCCAAAUCUGCUGCUGAAAAUGCUGUCUUUGCCCUCCUCAAUUACCACCCCAACAGGGCCCACAAACUGGGGGGCCCCCAGAGGGCCCCCGUGGCCAUCAAAGUCGACUUCCACCACAAGGGGGCCCGCCAAGGGGGCCCCCAGGGGGCCCCCCAGGGGGGCGCCCAAAGGGGGCCCCAGGGGGAGAACGAGGCGAACGGGGGCCCUCAGGCGAACGGGGGCCCCCAGGGGGCCCCUGAGGGGCAGGGGGGCCCCCAGGGGGGUACUGAGGGGCAGGGGGGCCCCCAAGGGGGUACUGAGGGCGAGAAGGGUCAGGGGGGCCCCCAGGGGGCCCCCGGGAAUGAAGGCAGCGGCACGAAGUGCUUCUUUGUUAUUAGGAGGCACAAGGAGACAAAUGAGGAAGAUGCAGAGGACUUCUCGGUGUCAAAGUGCAUUUCGGAACUUUCGAAAAACCCGCCAGUAGAGCCGGAAGCUUUUGCUGCCUUUUUGGAACAGCGGUACCAAGCUGCUGCUGCUGCUUUUGACGCUGCGCAGCAGCAGCAGCAGAAGCGCAAGGCAGCAGCAGCAGCAGCAGCAGCAGCGGCUGCCGCCACGGACGAGAAGAACACGAACGAGCCGCAGGACGAGCAGCAGCCACAGCAGCAGCAGCAGCAGCAGCAGCAGCAGCAGACCGAGGAGCACAGCGGCGGCGACAGCAAGGCCCAGACAGAAGCCGCAGAACCAGCAGCAGCAGCAGAAGCAGCAGCAGCAGAAGCAGCAGCAGCAAGCAGCACAGCUGCUGCCGAAGAGUCCAAGGCGUAA